UUCAACGGCAGGCGCAUCUUUAGGGACAGGGGGGCUGUAGUUUAGAGCGCCUUUUUACGACUUUACAUCCCAAAUAUUUCUUCAAAAUUUAUUCCACAAGAAUGAAAGGUAACUUAAUCCUAAUGAACCGGAAUCGCCGGCUGAGAUCUUACACAUUGUGCAGUUUGCCCCAAGAAGUGCUAAUCCAACUCUUCAAGUAUCUUCCGUUAAAAGACCUGCUUAAUAUAAAACAAGUGUGCUCGCUAAUAAAAUGGUUAAUCGACAGUAAUCCUCGUCUGUGGACAACGGCUACUCUCGUUGAUGAGUGGCCAAAUGAAAUAAACUUUAAACAUUUUCAAAGGGCAGCUGAUUUGGAUAAUGUGGAGGCGCUGAUCAAGUUGGGCAUAGCUUGCUUAUACAAUGAAGGGUUGCCAGAGUCAUUUGAUACGGACACAGAGGCCAAGGGGAAACAUGCGGCCAAGUUCCUGUGCCAUGCGGAGAGACUCCUCAAAGGGGCUGACCCCUUCCUCUGGGCACUCAUCAGACCCCCCUGGAGUAAGAAUGGCACCUGCUGCAAGGCCACUGUCUUUAGGCUGUUGAAGGAAUUGGGGAGCAACUCUCAGGAAUGUGACCAAACAGUGCUGUACUCUAUCGCCAGAAUAAGCAUCAUCCUUCAGGAUGACGACGAGAGCAUUGACUCGGAUUUCCUGACAGAGGAUACCAAGAUGUGGCUGACGAAGGCAGCCGAGGUCGGCUCACACAAAGCCGCCCUACAACUGUGGCAAUACAACGCAAGAAACUGUAAGGAUGCCGCUUCCAAGCUUGAAAGAAUACGACAACUCAGGGAGAUGGUGCAACCGCAUGGAUCCAAAGUAUCCAAGAUGGAGUUGUACAAUGCAUACGCUCUGGGCAAGUUUGGUGGUCUGCUCCCCCACCAGGCUGCUGAAGCUACCAGGGCGUACAUCCGAGACUCCAUACCGAGGAACUCGCAGAAACUCUUCAAUGUGCAGUCAAAACUCAACAGUGCAAUGAGAUACAUCUUAGUAGACUGGCUUGUGGAGGUGGCCGGGAUGAAAGGCUACUCCUCGCACACGCUACACAUGGUGAUCAACUGCAUCGACCGGUACCUCAUGCACCAACCGGUAUCCAGAGGCAAUCUACAGCUGGUUGGUAUCACUGCCAUGGUCCUGUGCUCAAGAAUGUUGGAGCCGGACAUCGUUACUAUCAGAGAGGCAGCGUGGUUGACUGAUGGAACUUACAAGUAUGAAAAGGUCGUAAGGAUGAUGGGUGACAUCUUAGCAACCCUCCAUGGGAAGAUUGAUAUGCCGUCCAUGUGGGAAUACCUGAUCCUCUACUUCCAGUUAGCCGACGCAGAACGUCAACUGAAGUAUCUUGCAUUGUACAUCAGCGAGCUCACAUUACUCCAUGUUGACUUCGGCCGGUACUCGUUAGCGCAUCAAGCGGCCAGCGUCUUCUACCUAGCCAGAAUCAACUCAGGCUGUGAUACACCAUGGCCGCCCAAGUUAGUUGAAUACACCGGCUUCAAAGCCACGGAUCUUGUCCAAUGCACUCUGCACAUCCACAAGAAAUGUUUCAAUGACGAGCCUCUCUCGGACCAUCGCGACGUGAAACUGACAGCCGUCCAGCAACGAUACGCCGAGGAAGAAUACCUUGAAGUCAGCAAAAAGGAAAUAUUAGAUCACGUGGCUCUACGCGCUCAGCUGUACGCCGAGGACGAUAACAUGACCGUAGAUGAGGAGAGCUGCUCGUUGCCUGGUACCCCGACUCCUUGCGGUAGAGUUGAACCAUUCCUCAUGUCACCGUCUAGGAGCUCCAGGUCAAAUAGACUUUCACAAGCAUCCAAAGAUGACCGGGGAGAUCUCGUCACCACGCCGACCGGGGAACUCUCCACGGAUAACCUGGAGCGGAACAGCCACGAGCCAAAAAACGAAAGCUUCAUGUCCCUGGAGUCGGGGUACGACGGCGACAUGGAGAGCGACGCAGAGGGUGAUUCAGUAACGGACACGGUUCAUAGUGAAGAUUCUCUGUGGAUGAUACCAGCAUUCAAUGCCCGCUUGCCUAAAGCUACCCCCUCUUAUCACACGUGGAUGUCAUCGGCCUCAUCAUCCACCACUGCUUUUGCUGCUGCCACUACCUCUACCUCAUCUCAUCACGCUGCUCAUCUACCUCAAACUCGACCCACCUCCUCCGCCCGUUUCACCCCCGUCACAACGAACAGUGCAAUCCCAAUUUACCAAUCAUCCACCGAGGAACAGGACACAAGAUGCAGCAACCGAGACUCUCUGGAUGUUGCCGUGCCAGCCAUUGCCAUGGAAACCCAAAACAAAACAAUCGCCACUGAUAACGAUCCGAUCAUCACCCUGCAGGUUAAAAGAGACAUUUCUCAAGUCCCGUUUGCCGGGCAGAGCUUCAAGUUUGACUCGAGUGGAAAGCUGAAGAUGCGGUCACCGCGACGACCACUGAAGAGAUUGGAGAACAGCCCGAGGAGGCGGGAUUCCAAACGGCAAUACACCGGGAAGACCGGAACGAGAGAGCAGACGACACGAGAGAAUGCUCAUACACUAACAUGAUUGGAUUAACAGGUCAUAGGUCACUGUGGUGAAAGAGACACGGGAGAUGGUGAUGGCAGUGCUGCAAAGGGCAUUGUUAAAUGUAAAGGAGAUAUUUGUGGGAUGGGAAGUUAGUUUGCUACAGAAGGGACAUUCAGGAACACUGGAUCAUCGCUAGAUGGAGUAAGUAGACCAGAUUGAGUCUAUUUAUUAUAAAUAAAUCACUCUUCAGCAAUAUUUUGUAUUUAUCAGGUAUUCGUCUCAUUUUGUCCCAUCUGGCAUUAUUAAAAAAAAAAUUCAAUUCAAUGCUUGAUUUAUUUAUUGCAGGUGAAUUAAUUAAUUUUUUUAAUGAUUGUCAGGAAAAAUAUGACCCCAUACUUAAUCAGAUUCACAAGAUGUGCCUGUGCUAAGGCCACAUCUUGUCUGUGUUCUCUGAUCACUUUUGUUUUUCCAAACCGUGCAUGUAUUCAAGACGUUUACAUUUGAUUCAUUCCAGUUAUUAUUAAUUGGUUUAGGAAUGGGGGGGGGGGUACUUUUGAAAGUUGGACAGAGAGGUAUGAGGUAAAUGGUUCCAAAUAAUUAUAUUUUUAAUUUACCCCACCAUCAUACUUGCUUACAUUCCUUAACCUUGUCAACUCCUUCUAUGUUUUCAUUGUUUUCUGGGAAUCUCAGGAAUCUUUAGAGAAUUUUGAGGUGGGGGGGGGGGGGGAGUGUGUUCACGUAUGGGAACAUUUGUUGGAAGGGGGAGGGGUGCUCACCCUCCGCUAUGCCAGGCAUGAUAGGGGUAUUCGUAUACACAGUUCAAACUCCUUGUUUUAGUAUAUAAACAUUGACAAAGUACUGAACGGUAUGUUUAUAUUUUAGUGUACAAAUACAUUCCACUCUAUUUGUAGUUAUUUUUAUAUUUCAAAGUCAGUUUGUAAGUUACAAACUGACUGUUCCUGAGAUUAAGAUCAGAAAUGAUGGGAUUUUGGACUCUGUUUACAAGUUUACGGAAAAGAAGAAAUGCCAGAAUGUAAACAUUAAUGCGUUGAAACUAUCCUCUUUGUAAAUUUCAUUGGCUUUCAUUUUGGUGGCGUUUAUUUUUUCUUGUUCAAGAAACUAUGCAAAGAAUGAAAUAAAUAAAAGUGUAAUUUUUUUUUUAAACUUUAGUUUUAUAUAAAUAGAGGAACAGCUGAGAAGAGAAAAUGGGCAGCCAACGUUCAAGAACAGUACAUUCUCUGUCUUUCAGGUUAAUCAGGGCUAUAUAAAUGUACAUUUUUUGUUUUGUGUACUGUUAUAAUAAUUUUCUACUCUGUUGUCUGAUGUGUACUGCAUCAGGCUGGGUACUUAAUUUGUCUUUGUGCUCCUAGUCAUUGCCUUGGUGCCCUACAACAUUUCCAGUAGAAAUUCACAUUAUCCUCAUAUCGCAAAGGCAACUACCUUGCCAUUACAAAAGCCUGCUACAAUAAUUCCAUACGUGUACUUCAAUUAAUGUAGAAAAUCAGUCAAAGUUUGAAAAUGUUCUAUAAAAGUAAACCAUACAGUAACCCUUUGGGUGACUGCCCUAUGUUCAGACAAACCCCUAUGAUCUAAUAACCAGAGGUCGAUUUCACAAAGAGUGAGAACUACUAGUCCUAGGAGAUAUUAAAAUUAAAAACGUAUGGCAUUGGCUAGUC